AUGGAAUCCCAGCCUGCUGAUCUUCCACCGGAUAUGAUCUUCGAGAUUUUAACCCGACUAUCUCUGGAAGAUAUUGGGAGAUGCAGGCUGGUUUCGAAGAAUUGGAACCGGACUACGUACGAGUCAACUUUCAUGCAACAGAACUGUCAAAGAGCAAAAACAAUAUCCGGGUGUUUCAUACAAUGCUGGGACAAGUACGAGCCGUCUCCUGAGUUCGUCUCCAUCAACAACGUCUCGGAUUGCGACCCUAAACUUUCUCUAAGAUUCUUGCCCGCUCCUGUCAAAAUCGAAGCCGCCACUAAACAAGGUAUUCUGUUAUGCAUGAAUGAUUAUCGAACAAGAAGACUGAGAAUACCCGAGUAUUAUGUGUGCAAGCCCAGCACCAAAGAAUGGCACCAGAUACCGAAUCCUAAAACUCGGUAUUUUACUCAAAAGAUGGCGAUGCUGGUUCUAAGAUCAAAGCCAUUACGCUACAAAAUAGUUCGAUUUUCACAACCAAAGUCUACGUUCACCAGGUAUAAGUCUAUAUGGUAUAAAUGUUAUCGGUGUGAGAUUUUCGAUUCAGAAACAUGGGCGUGGAAAAGACUGAAAGAUGUGUUGUUGCCUGAUGGCAAGUUCAUUGGAUUCGAGCCUGCUGUAUCUGCAUGUGGUGUGCUUUACUCGCUUAUGCCUGACAAUGAAAUCUUCGCGUUUUAUGAAGAUACAGAGAGUUGGACAACCUUCGAACUGCCUUUCCCUCUGUGCAAGAAAGAUUAUUUCAAGCACAUGAAGCUUGUGGAAUACAGAGGCCGACUUGGGAUGCUUUGCAUGGGAGAGAACUUUAUGAUGCAACUCUGGGUAAUGGAAGACCAUGACAUGAAAAUAUGGAGUAAGAGAGAAACAAUAAGCAUUGAAGCCCUUCGAGACGUGGAGACCCAUACUGUUCCUGCUGCCAUGCACAGUACUGGUGUUGCGCUAAUGCGGGGAUAUUCCGCCGUAGUUUUUUAUGAUUUUAAAAGUGGCAGGCCGUCCAUUAAUGUCUGCAAGGUGGGGAAGUUUUUCGAUGCAAUUUUUCCCUUCCAAUCUGAUUUAGAGCCGGUUCAUUUGAAGAAGAAAUCCUUUACAGGGGGUGUGGGAUCAGCUGGGGGCAUGAGAUUUCCCUUCCUAUUAUCCGUAGUUGUUCUUUCUUGGGUUUUCUUGUUUAUUUGCAGUUAUUUGGCGUAUUACUCUUAG